AUGCCGACACCGCUGGAUCGUGCUUUGAACUCCAAGAAUCUUUUCCUGGGAUUCACGGGGAUGGUGACCGCUGCGGCCGUAUGGGCCAUUUGGGGUAGCGACAUGUUUCCUGCGGAGCCCGAUCCGACUGGAGACCCAGAAACUUGGUCUCACGAUGAGAUGCGAAGGUGGCUUCGAGCUAGAGGUCUGCUGCCUCAUGACAGCGCAACGCGCGAAGAGUUGCUUGAGCGCAUCAAAGCGAAUUUGCGCGUGCCGCGCAGAAGUCAAGGUUGAUUUAUCCGAUUGGACAUCCGCAUAAUGCUGGACGAAUUCCGGAAUAGUGUUUUGUUCUAUCAAUGGCGUGCCAAAGGCGUUCUUCUGGGUUGAAUGGUUCAUUGGAUUGAAUUUGAAUCGUGUUUGAGUUCAGUCGAAACGGAUGUCGUGGAAUGUCUUUCGUUGAUUCGUAGCACAUUAUGGGAAAUUUGUAGCCGUCACAAUGCCAGCAAUGGGAGUGAUGCCGUCAUAUGGUCGCGCAGCGAUUUUUCUUUCGCACGCCUCAGCACUCAUGUAACUCGUUCCACCAUCCCUCUGUCUAG